CCUGCGCCGGGUGGCUAGCUAAUUUCGAGGCGAUUUUGCCGCUCUAGAUGCGUCCAAAAUUCUCUCGUGCAGCUGGCGUUCCAUCACCAGGUGUCUAUUCCUCACGGUAUUUCCUCUCGAUUUAGCGCUGCCCGCGAGAUGAUUGGGACUUCGCAACUGAGAGAGUUGGUGUCGAUGUUCGGUGUUGCUGCAAGUGCAUGGAAGUGGGUCCCAUGGAGAAAUUUGUCUUUGGCUCGAGGUUUGGUACAAGUGGGUUGGUCAAAGGAUAUGUCGGAUCAUUUUGCGGUGACGCUGUGGUUUCUACUCUUAGGUUAGCUCUGUUUGGGGGGGGGGGGGUCUCGAAGUCGGUUUCCAGAUUGGUUACUGUUUGGGAUUGAGGAUUGUAUGGUGGUGUGCGUCAGCGCAUGAUGAGCUGGUGAUGAGUGGGGGAUGAGUGGUGACUCACAUAAGGUGGCGAUUCAAUUGCUUUGGGAUCUGGACCGGAUGCUGCUUGCUAGAGUGGGAGAGCUGAGGUGAAGCGGUUGUUUUUUUGGGUGAGUUCUGUGCGCAUUUUUUGAGUCGAAGCUGGUCGUGGGAGUUUCAUUAAUGUUCUUAGGUUAGUUAGAUUCUAUUGAAUAGACAUUUUGCAGCUCGAAUCCUUGGCUCAAAGCACGAGUAUUUGGAGCAGAGGCUUGGUUUGUGUGAUUCUUACCAUUGGGGAUUUCGGCGUCAGACUGUGAGGAUAGACUGAAGUGCGGUGGAGUUUAGAAACGGCCACAGGUAGAAGUCUCCAGCGCUGCGUUGAGAUACUGAGCGUUCCUUAGUAUUGCCGGCAUUCAUUCAGUCGGUGUUCAAUCUCGAACUAGUCGUUACAAGCACGUGUGUAGCAUACCGGGGCAUCAAUCUUCAUUGGUAAAGCUCGUUGCAGAGUAUACGUACACCCAGGGUAGAAUAGAUCAUUUCGGAGAAUUAAGACUCCCUUUACAGAUGUCCAUACGUUCAAGGGCAACACAAUAUUUGGGGAAGCAACUCCAGGAUAAGCCCCACAGUUGUCCCCCCAAACCCACAAGCCAAUGGCCGGGUCACCAUGGCUGGUGGCAUGAAGAACAACAAUCCAGCAAAUUGCCACAGACGAGUAGUGGCGCAGUUGCGUCUGUUACAUCGGAGCGCAUGUUUCGUUCGCGGGAAACCGUCGAGGCGUGGCUAGAGAAGACGAGUCCUACCUCCGUGCUGGACACACUUGAUGAUGAGAACCCUUCCUCCUCUGAUUUCCUCAACUCUUCACCCAGCGGAUGGGACCAUUCCAGCUGCGCUACUUGGUUCCAAACCUUAGAUUCCAAGACUAGCAAAGCUGCUCAUAGCAGGUCAAGGACCAUUUCUCCUCCUUCUAAAAGUGCAGCUAAUAGAAACUCGGAAGACGUCUCAAGGAUUGAUGCCGAACACUACAGCACUGGAGGCAGCUUUCUUUCGACCGCUUUGAAGAAUGCGCGAUAUAGCGACUUUCCGUCUCCGCCUGCAUUUAAACAAACGAACGAUCACCAUGAGAAUUUCAAUUCAGAGGAAUGUGGCUCACCCCGUAGCGAGUUUAGUUUAACCUUUGAGUGGAAGCAUAUAUUAGCCGCCGGAAAUGCGGCCGGAAUGAGUACACGCGAUCCGUCUGCGAGUAACUUUGAUUACAAGGCCCGCAAUGGAGCUUCGAAUGUCUCCGAUGCUGACUCCGACAUCUCUAAUCUUGGCGUACUUCCGCAAGUUGUGAGGAGGAAACCACGCCGGAACUGGUCCAUGGAACUUCCACGCGUAGCUCGCAUUCUCAAUCGUUCUGGAAGUGGCGAUUUGAAGGAUAUGUGGGUGGAUGACAAAAAAACUCGCACGGGCGCGAUUUAUGGGCCAACUCCUCUUCAGAGAUUAUACAGAAGGACCUCGGAGCAAGAAGCAUUUGAGCAAGUUCGGUCACCACAGCCGUACAUCGCUCCUCAAAACCACAUGAAACACAAAAGGAAGGAGAAAGAAAUCAAGUCCUUGGAAGAUCACCAACGAGCCAAAGCCGCUACAGCAGUGAAGCAACCCGAGUCCCCAGGUUUGAAGGAGAAGUUUUACAACAGCAUGUCAAUGGCAGGCCGGAAAUCAGAGGACAGGAUCACAGCAGAAGCUAAGGUCCUCGAAAGAGCAGUGAGAGGAGGAGCUAUGGACUCCAAAAGUCUCAGACGCACCAGCAAAGUGCCUCGUACCUGCCUUCCCUUAUACUAAUCCUCUUCAUCACCACAAUCUUACAUGAAGAUCACAUUCAGAAAGGAUCCUACUCCUCCGCUACCAGCUGUCGCGUACCAUGUCAUGUGGUCACCUGCAAUUUUGUCCUUCAUAUCAGCGAUAGAGCGACGCACCCGAAGAUCCUUGCGUUUGUCUUCAGAGGUGGUGAAAGUUCUUCCAACAAUUUCCCAUGGUUCACACCAGGCUGACACACAACCAUUUGUACAGUAAAUGAAUCCAUCUCGAGAGAGAGAGAGAGACACAUAUCGACGAGUUAGGGCAGACAGGUUAGUUAGAUCAUUCCUUUUUCGGGACACCAUCGCCAUCGUGCUUCACGAUCGAUGGGCCCAUCCAUGUACACACACUACACAGAGAGAGACAUACGAGAGAGUUUCGACUGGUGUGUUUGAACCCUAAUUCUGGUUGGCGUUUGAUCUCAAAGCGAUUUUUUUAGUCGCCUUAACUUCCCCAAAAAAUCUUCUCCGCUUCGCCUCCCCGCAUUUGGGUACUGGCUCUGGAAGUUCUAACGCCCUAUGCAACACUUGGGGGUCGAGUACCCGAGGCGAAGUCCUGCGUUUUUUCAAAAAAUUGAAUACCCGCGGGCGGAGGAUCCGAGGCCACUCAUGCAAGAGAAGGGAGUGUGUGUGUGUGGGUGUGUGACGGAGAAUACGAGGUGAGACUUGAAUGCCAGCCGACCUUCGGCGUGGUAGGGAAGAGAGCUUAUUUCUCGUUGAAAAUUUGAAGAUGACAGUUCCUUCUUUUUCUCUCUUCUAUUUUUUUUUUAUAAAAAAAACACUACGAAUAUGAAAAUGAUUUUUUGAAAUCUAUUUAACAUUUGAUCAUUUUACUUUUUAA